AUGGAGAGUACACAGAGAAGUUUAAGCGUGUUGGUGCUGUGUUUCAUGAUCACGGGAACAACAAUAUUAGUGAGUGGCCAGAGUGCGAACAACGUAAGAGCAACAUACAAUAACUACAACCCUCAGAAUAUUGGGUGGAGCUACAACACUGCCGGUGUUUACUGUGCUACAUGGGAUGCUAACCAGCCCUUGUCAUGGCGUCAAAGAUACGGUUGGACAGCCUUUUGUGGACCCGCCGGCCCUCAUGGCAGAAAUUCUUGCGGCAAAUGCUUGAGGGUGAGAAACAGUGCAACUGGAGCUCAGACAACGGUGAGAAUAGUGGAUCAGUGCGACAAUGGUGGGUUGGAUUUGGAUGUGAAUGUGUUCAAUAGACUGGAUACUAAUGGACAGGGUUACCACCAGGGUCACCUUACGGUUACCUAUGUCUUUGUUAAUUGCUAA